AAAAAUAAAGGAAAAAGAAAUAAAAAUAUUUAACAUGUAAUGUAUAAAUGUUAUAGGAUUAAAAUUUAUACAUCUGUUUCACAAAAAGAUGCAAAAAGUUCACACCAUUCCUCCACAUAUGUUAUUUGCUUCUUUUUCCUAACAUAUAAACAAGUGCUGCACACGAAAUAGUAAAAUAAAACGAAAAGGCACUGAUCAUUGGACAAGAAUUAUAAUUAACCAAAAAUUCUGUGAGGAAAGGAGUUCUACAGAUUGAGAAAGUUACGAUGGUUAAUUUCAACAACACAACUUUGCCGCCACCUAUUCCAACAACGAAUUCAAAUGGAACGGAACACAUACCCAGCUAUUUAGCUGUAUGGAGUUCAAACGAAAUGGCUUACUACAAGUACGGAAUUUUUGGUCUGAUCAUACUCAUAUCUUUGAUUGGAAACACGAUAGUGGUCGUCACCAUCUCAAUGACGGAUCGGUUAAAGAAAGUCACCAAUUUUUUCCUAUUCAAUCUUGCCAUUGCGAAUCUUUUGGUGACUGCGACGUGCAUGCCUAUCCACUUAGCUUCAUGGUUUGACCCCACAGUCAUGCUUGGUCAACUCACCUGCAAAGCAAUGCCGUUUCUACAAGGAACUAGCGUAUGCUGUUCUAUCUAUACUUUAACCAUGAUGGCAAUUGAUAGAUAUAUGGUCAUAUUAUUUCCAUUCAGAGGGAGGAUCAAAAAACAACAUUGUUUUAUCAUCCUGUUGUUUAUAUGGUCGAUAGCUAUGCUUACUGUCAGCCCUUCACUAUUUGUGUACCGCGUGGGUGAAUAUUCAGGCGAAAAGAGAUGCGAUGAGUAUGGAUGGUCGAAACAACAGGCAUUGGAGUUUACGUAUACGCUUUUAGUGCUGACAUACUUUUUACCACUAUUAGUGUUAUUUUUUAUUUACGGUAGAAUUUUUAUUUUUCUUUGGUUUCGUAAAAUUCCUGGUAUUGGAGACAUGCCGAGAAGCGUGCAGGUGAAAAUGAAAAAGAAAUCCUUAAAGAAGAAGAAGUUAAUAGAGAUGCUUAUAACAGUCGUUGUAACAUUCAUGUUAUGUAACCUACCACAAAAUGUGAUGAGUUUAUUAUGGUACCACAGCCAGCAGACAGGUUGGAAACCACCCAUUUAUAUAGGAAUCGUAUCGUUUCAUUCAGAAGUUUUAUUUUACUCUAAUGCCGCAAUAAGCCCUAUUGUUUAUGGAUUCCUACACGGUAAAAUGAAGGAAGCGUCCUUUUCCAUCCUUCGUUGGGUAUUUUGCUGUGAAAAAAGACCUGGAGACGCAUAUAGUUAUGCUCGCAACACCAGAUCCUCGAAUGUGUCGAGUACUUAUUCAACAAAGUAUAGAUAUUCUAUAGCAAGCGUAUCUAAAUCAGCUGUCAAUCGUUCCCCAACAAAUAAUAACAUAUGUGAAACGAAAAACUGAUAAUAGAAGGCGUCACUUGAAGAAGAAACUUGUCUCGCCAUACACUUGUACACUUGUGUUAAAAUUACAUAAAAACUGUGAAUAGUAUAGUAUUGGUAAAAAACCUCGUCCCCAAUGUUUUUUGCCUCUUUUGAUAUGAGAGAAGACGACUUAUAAUAAAAAUGGAAAAAUCCAAGGGAACGAGGAAGAUAA